AUGAAAAUUAAUAGUAAAUUACCUUUAGAAAAGUCUAAUCCUUUAAUAGAACAAUCCAUGACAGAAUUAAAAGUUCAAGUUGAUAGAAGAAGAUUAGAAGCUAUGAUUAUAGGUGAAAUACAAGGUGAAAAUGCUGAAACAUUUUUUAAUAGAGUUGAGAAAAUAACUGGGGCAAAAGUUUAUUGGCCUUCGAGAUUAAAGAUUAAAGCAAAAACAAAAAAAGAUGUUGUUAUAAAAUUAAUUGGAAGUUCUUUAAACAUUCAAAAAGCUGCACUAAUUAUUUCUGAAAGAUUAAGAGUUAGGAAGGAGAAAGCAACCCUUAAAAUGGAAAUUAGCCACUGUCUUCAUUCACAAGUUAUUGGAAGAGCGGGUAAAAAUACUCAACAGAUAAUGAGAGAUACUGGUUGUCAUAUUCAUUUUCCAGAUUCUAAUAAAGUAUUAAGUCCAACAUUGCCUCAAGCAAAAAAUGAUCAAGUUUCAAUAUCUGGAUGUGUUAAAGAUGUUGAAAAAGCUAGAGAAUUACUUAGAGUUUUAAUAAAAAAUAAAUUUUUAUUUUAA